UCCCAGGCGAUCCUCGAGGGCCGGUGGGCCUCCCCCUUCUUUCCUGCUGCCUUGCCUCCUCCUUGCAGUCGGCGCGCCAGGGCCCUCUCCUGAAAGCGGAUGCGAAGCGGCGUCUGGAGAGGGUCCCGCGGUACCCACGUGACGAACAGUGCCGGAGCUCGUCGGACCGUCCCCGGCCUGCAGGGACAUGGGCGUGCUCAGAGCUGGACUGUGCCCGGGCCUCACCCAGGAGAUGGUCCAGCUUCUGAAGAGCCGCGGCAUCAAGACAGUGGUGGACCUGGCUGCGGCAGACCUGGAGGAGGUAGCUCAGAAGUGUAGCUUGUCAUACAAGGCCCUGGUUGCCCUGAGGCGGGUGUUGCUGGCUCAGUUCUCAGCUUUCCCCUCCAAUGGCGCAGAUCUCUACGAGGAAAUGAAGACCUCCACUGCCAUCCUGUCCACCGGCAUUGGAAGCUUGGACAAACUGCUUGAUGCUGGUCUGUAUACAGGAGAAGUGACUGAAAUUGUAGGAGGCCCAGGUAGUGGCAAAACCCAGGUAUGUCUUUGUGUGGCUGCAAAUGUGGCCCAUGGCCUGCAGCAAAACGUCCUAUACAUUGAUUCUAAUGGAGGGCUGACAGCUUCCCGCCUCCUCCAGCUACUUCAGCCUAGGACCCAGGAUGAAGAGGAACAGGCAAGAGCUCUCCAGAGGAUCCAGGUGGUGCAUGCAUUUGACAUCUUUCAGAUGCUGGAUGUGCUGCAGGACCUCCGAGGCACUGUGACCCAACAGGUGAGGUGUUCUUCGGGGACUGUGAAGGUGGUGAUUGUGGACUCGGUCACUGCAGUGGUCUCCCCACUUUUGGGAGGUCAGCAGAGAGAUGGCUUGGCCUUGAUGAUGCAGCUGGCCCGAGAGCUGAAGACCCUGGCCCGGGAGCUCAGCAUGGCAGUGGUGGUGACCAACCACAUGACCCGGGACAGGGACAGUGGUAAGUUCAAACCUGCUCUUGGACGUUCCUGGAGCUUUGUGCCCAGCACCCGAAUUCUUCUGGACAUCAUUGAGGGUACAGGAGCAUCAGGCAGCAGCCAGCGCACAGUGUGUCUGACCAAGUCUCCACGUCAGCCAACAGGGUUCCAGGAAGUGGUGGACAUUGGGACCUGGGAGACUCCAGAGCAGAGCCCAGUGUUUCAGGGAGAGCAGACAUGACUGAUGCUGUUGAUUGGGACAGGAGGAGGCAUCACAGUCCCCUACCUUUCCUUCUUAGUAAUGUUGCUUUUACUGCCAGCCUGCACCUGGGACUGCAGAAGUUCUCAGMCUGGCCCGAAGAACCGGCUCAAUUUCCUGAGCUUCAAUCUCUAUGGAGGCUCUUAGAGCCAAAGGCCAAGAGGAAGCUGCCAUGGAGGAUGCACAGGUCCAUGCUGGUGCCACAUUUCCUCCCUUUGCAUCCACUUUCUAUAUUUCCAAUGGAAGCUGAGUUCACCCUGGACAUCACUGCAGAGGCCAUACUAGUAAAUGGAAGAAUACUCCUGUGUAUCACCAUCAGAUCUUGUGCUCAGUCCUAGCACAAUGAUGGGGCCAGAGAGCCACUAGCUUGCCUCCCUCUCUUCCUCUUUUGUUUGCCUCUGUUUUUCCAUCUGUAGGAUGGGCUUCCUUUCCCCUCAGCUGCCUCUGAGUUACUSGAUGGAAAUAACCUCAUAAAUGCAAAAAUAAUUCUUCAUCUAGGUCCUGCUCUUAAAAGUAUAUGUAAAAGACAAUUCCCUGAGCUCCAGAACCACCCCCCCUUAAGAUUGUUUUUCAGUUUCUCCCAGUAAAGUCCCCAAAGAAUGAUUAUUCCUUUGCUCCUGCUGAUUUGGUUUCACACACCUGCAUGCAUCACCAUGACUAGAAUGUGAGCUUGCUGCUGUCCCAGGGAUAUAAUUUAACAAGAAGGAAGGCAAUGACCUGCUCCUGGUGAAUCCAGCCACUUGUUUAAU